AUGAGCAUUAACGAUUCGAUUUCACAAUGGAACCUGACAUGGAAGUCGUUACAAUCUAAGGAUCCUUACCUUUACCGAGAUCCUGACGGUGAGCGGGAUGUUUUAGAUGCAGAGAUCGACGUUGGUCGCGUCUUCCAGCUCAUCCUCGGGUCCAUUGGCUUUGUAGGAAACCUUCUCUGCCUCAUCGUCCUUCUCACAAAAUCGUUAAGGAACUACACACAUUUUCUGAUUGUCACGCAAACCGUCGCCGACUUCAUCGCUUCAGCGUUCCUCAUCCUCGUCGCAAGCCUACGUCUGAUGGGCUACGGCGACCGACGUCGCGAAAUCGAAUCGGAGCGCUUUGGCGCAUUCUAUUGCUAUUUCUUGUACUCGCAUCUUCCUAUCUUCGCAUUCUUCGCCAUCUCGACGUACAACUUGACGGUGAUCUCAAUAGAGAGGUAUCUAGCCGUUGUCAAACCGAUGUGGUAUAUCGCUAAAUUCAAACGAAGAUGGUUGUACAUACUGACAGGAGCAGCAUGGAUCUUAGCCCCUCUCAUGCAAAUCAUCUUAUCUUUAGAUGUGCAGUAUGACGAUGGUGUUUGUAUCACUGUGAAAUAUUUCUCGUCCAGCAUAUAUGUUGGAAUGGCAAUUUUCAUUUGGGAGUAUUUUGUACCAGCUACCGUCAUGCUGUUUUCGUUUGCAUGCGUAGCGCAUAAGUUACGGAAAUUAAACCGAAUAUCCGUAGCAUGGUUACGGGAUCGCGACCACGUACAUGUUGUCGACAUUCCUGGUGAUUCCUCGGCGACGCACUCGAAGAAGUCGCGAUCAGGAGCGUCGGAGCCUGAAGCGAAGCUAGCCUCGACAAAUCAGACGACACCAUCGCCCCAAAAUGUGGCUGCUCCGACGUCCUCUUCAUUACCGACAUCAUUGCAAAAACCCGUGGUCAAUGACCGCUGGCCGCCGCGUGUGAUCAGACCAGCGAUUAUCAGGCGUAAGAAAACGACAAAGGUCCUCUUCGUGAUCGUUCUGGUUUAUAUGGUCUGCUGGUCGCCUAACCAAUGGGCCUUCUUCUAUCAUAACCUUGGGGGUCAUUUCCUGAUUGAUGGGAAACUGCAUCUAGCAACCAUCAUCAUAGCUACCUGUAAUACCUGUGUUAACCCUUUCAUUCUUGCCUUCAGGUAUAAGGUCUAUCAGCGAGGAUUGGUAGACUUACUAAGACGAUCAUUUAGGAAUGGUAGAUAA